AUGUCUGAACUCAAGAGUGGUUCUGAAAGCGAAAGUGGUUCUCAAACGGAAGGUAGCACUGAAAUUACAGGUGGUUCUGAAGUCAAACGUCGUUGUGAAAUCGAGAACUUCAAGUCGAUCGAUCCCUUCGCCGAAGCAGGCAAAGUAGAUCUCAAACAAAACAACCAAGUCCACCUCCGAUGUCAGCAAACCGGCGGACGCCCUAAGCUAACCAAGGAAGGCAAGAAGAAACCACAUAUGCUAACCACCGUCCAGGGACUUCCUGAAAUAUUCGACAUGAAAAAAGUUGUCAAGUUUUUCAAGAAGAAGUUCGCAUGUGCCUGCUGUAUUGUGGACGACAAGGUUUUCGGUAAGGUGAUACAGAUUCAGGGAGACUACAAAGAGGAGAUUUUCAACUUUCUUACUACAAAAGAAGGGUUGGGAUUGAGUGAGGAGACUAUUGUGAUUCACGGAUAG